AUGAAAAGACCCGAAACUGCCAUUGCAAGAAACAAGAAGGAGAAAUUGAGGCAACAGAAUAUCAAGGAAGCAUGUAAUAAGGAAGCGGUUCGUAGAGUUCAUCGAUACAUAGUCCGGUGGUUCUACCAAGCUGGGAUUCCAUUGAAUCCAGUGAGGUUGAAGAGCUUUCAAGAAAUGUUGUGGACUGUUGGAAGCUUUGGUCCUAAUUUACCUGCUCCCACUUAUUAUGCUCUAAGGGUUCCACUCCUUAAUGAGGAAUUAGAAUACACCAAAGACUUGUUGAAGAGUCAUAAGAAACAAUGGGAAAAGUAUGGCUGCUCUAUUAUGUCAGAUGCUUGGACGGAUAAGAGACAACGGAGCAUUAUCAAUUUUCUUGUAAACUCUCCUGCUAGGACAAUGUUUUUGAAGUCUAUUGAUGCCUCUGAUUAUGUGAAGAUGGGUGAAAAAAUGUUUGAACUUCUUGAUGGUAUUGUUGAGGAAAUUGGGGAGCAAAAUGUUGUUCAAGUUGUAACUGACAACAGGAGCAACUAUGUUCUAGCCGGUAAGUUGCUGAUGGAGAAAAGACCGAAUUUGUUUUGGACCCCGUGUGCUGCCCAUUGUUUGGAUUUGAUACUUGAAGACAUUGGGAAGUUACCAUUAAUCCAAAAAACCAUAAAAAGUGUCAUUUCUUUGGUUAGCUUCACUUAUAGCCACUCUAGCACUUUAUCCAUGUUGAGACAAUUCACAAAUGGCAAGGAAUUGGUGAGGCAUGCAGUCACCCGAUUUGCCACUUCAUUUCUCUCUUUGGAAAGGCUUUAUAAAGAGAAAGAAAAUCUAAGAAGAAUGUUCACUUCAGAUGAGUGGGUAAGGAAUAAGUUGUCAAGGGAGGCAAAGGGGAGGGAGGCAACAAAGAUUAUUAUUAGGCCCUCCUUUUGGAAUCAUGUCAAGUACACCCUUAAGAUCAUGGGGCCUCUUGUUCGGGUGCUUCGACUUGUUGAUGGGGAGAAGAAGCCGCCAAUGGGUUAUAUAUAUGAAGCAAUGGAGAAGGCAAAGGAAUGCAUCAUGAAAACAUUUUCUAAUGAUGUGAGCAAAUAUUCUGAAGUUUUUAAAAUCGUUGACAACAGAUGGAAUUGCAAACUUCAUCGUCCGUUGCAUGCAGCUGGUCAUUUUCUGAAUCCGGAGUUGUUUUAUGAUAAUCCUCGUAUCGAAUUGGAUUUAGAAGUUACAAAGGGAUAG